AACGCAGUGGAGACUGGGGUGAUGCUGUCCAUGUUAGGCUCUGUAAAGGUCCUUCUAGGUAAGAACGACAUGAUAACCUAUAUAGGAGCGCGUGUUAGGCGUGAAGUUGUAAUUGCUGUUGAAUGCUAUGCGCUGUCUGAGUCCGGAUACACAGGCUCUUGCCUGAGCUUAUUGUGGCUGAAGCGUAUUCUCGACCCUGAAACUCAGGAACGAGCUAAGCAUAAGUCUGGAGCGCUUAAACCCCAAGUGCUGAUAUGCAAUGGUUUUAGCACGCAUAAGACCCUUGAAAUCCUGGAGUUCUGUCUCUCAAAUAAUAUUAUAUUGUGUCAACUCCAAAAGCCGACGGGGUGA